AUUUUAGAAAAGAGGGUUUUCAACUUAUUUAUUAAAUCAUAAAAUGAGUAAGAAAGGUGGACGUAAGAAUAAGAAAGUGACAAAAUUAAUAAUUGGUGAAGAAGAAAUUAAUAAUGUAGAUGACCUUUUAACUAAUUAUGUUGAAGAAAAAAAAGGUGUUAAACCAAAAGAGUCUUCAGAUAUUUAUGUCCCUAAUUUUGCUAAUCAUCAGGAAAGACCACAAAGACAACCACGAGCUGAAGGUGAAAAAAAAGAAGAUGACGGGUUGUGGACUGUCAGACAUGGACAUGACUUUAGGAGACGCCAACCUAAAAAAGAUAGAGAAGAAGAUCGUGAACCUCAACCUAGCGAGGCUGAUACAGCUGAUUCAUGGAGACGAAAAGAAGGAGAAGCAUUUGUUCCUAGAAAAGGAGGUGAGGCUAAUGAAAGAAACCAAAGAGAGCCUAGACAACCUGCUGGACCAAGUGAGGCUGAUACAGCUGAUUCAUGGAGAAGAAAAGAAGGAGAAGCAUUUGUUCCAAGAAAGGCACCAACUGAAUUUAGAGAACAUGAACUAAGAGAACCUAGACAACCAGCUGGACCAAGUGAAGCUGAUACAGCUGAUUCAUGGAGAAGAAAAGAAGGAGAAGCAUUUGUUCCAAGAAAGGCACCAACUGAAUUUAGAGAACACGAACAAAGAGAGCCUAGACAACCUGCUGGACCAAGUGAAGCUGAUACAGCUGAUUCAUGGAGACGAAAAGAAGGAGAAGCAUUUGUUCCAAGAAAAGUUUCACAUGAAGAACAUAGACAUGAAAAUAAUGAAAGACAACACAAAGGAUUCAAAGAAAGAGAACCACCUCAACCAAGUGAAGCUGAUACAGCUGAUUCAUGGAGAAGAAAAGAUAGUGAUGUACCUAUUCCUAAAAAAACAUAUGAAAGAAGACAUGAAAAUACAGAGAAACCACAUAGAGAUUUCGGAGAAAGAAGAACAGAUGAUAGAGGAAAGAGAACAUUUGGACCAAGAGAUGGUCAACAUCAAAAUACAAAGAAAAGUACUCAACAUAUAAAACAAGGGAAAAAGACUCCAAAGCAAUCAUCUAAACCUGUUGUUGAUGAAGAAGGAUGGAUGACUCAAUAA